AUGAAUACCGCGAUGACCAGUGAAGGUGAGGCGGUGAAGGUGGAGGGGGGACACGUGUCGGUCACCACUAUCAGCAUGUCAGGAUCAGAGAUAAGUAAUGGUCAAUUCUCAUACAGUUCAAGCGGGGUCCGCAUCAGUGUAUCUUCAGAGCCUCAUGAUGAAGACUCUACUGACGCUGAGAUCUCCAAGAUCGACUUCUCACAACAUCAAUACGAGGUUAACAUGCGUAACAAAAAGAAACGAUCUGCGAGCGGAACGCACUGUGAACUACCGAAUAAUGAACGCGAGCGGCCCAUGUCUUGGGAGGGUGAACUCUCAGACUCCGAAAUGGUUAUAGACACUAGUGUCAAUAACGACGAAAACAGCAGCUCCCUGGAUCUCCAAUCGUCACGAGAUUCCAUCGAUACUCUUCGAAAUGUGACUAUCAAGACAGAACCACAUAAAAACGAUGGCUUCCAAGUUGUGGAUGAACGUGUAUUAGAUUUAAAGUACAGCGCGCCUCUGCAACCGCACCAGAGGAGUCUUAGUAUGAACAGGAUAUCAGUACUAACAGAUGCUACGUCACUAUCACUAACGAGAAGGCCGUCAUCACCUACAAGCAGUGCAAAGUCCUUGGCGCUGAGCGACCAAGGUUCUGUUCCAAUGCCACAUGCAGCUCUAGACCAGGUCCACAAUCUAACCAUCAAGAAGGAGAACCAGCUGUCUGAGCUAAAAUGUGAGCAGUCAGUAGGCAUGGACAAGCUGAUCGGUGCUUUACACGGAUCACCGCUCCUGGGCCGUCUACCUCGCGUCCAAUCCAGUGCCAGUACUGAUUCGGCCGUACACUCAAUGUAUACACACAGCGUAUACAGCAGUCCUUCAGCCAGUCCAAGAGCGUCCCGCCAUUACACACCUUCUUUGUCGCGUAACAAUAGCGAUGCCUCACACUCAUCCUGUUACUCGUAUAGCUCAGAGUUCUCGCCGACACAUUCUCCAGUACAGGGUCGUCACCCAGGGCUUUUAUACCGUGAAGCACCGGCAGCGUACGACACAGUGCAUGACGACGAACCUGACGCUCCAGAUGAUAGGCUUCAUCAUCACCAGGGUAUCAGUCGGCAACAGCUUAUAAAUAGUCCGUGUCCGAUAUGUGGUGACAAAAUCAGCGGUUUCCACUAUGGGAUUUUCUCGUGCGAAUCCUGCAAAGGCUUUUUCAAACGUACUGUACAGAACAGGAAGAAUUACAUGUGCCUAAGAGGCGGGAACUGUCCGGUCACAGUCACCACCAGGAAGAAGUGUCCAGCUUGUCGGUUUGACAAGUGUCUGGGAUGUGGAAUGAAGCUUGAAGCGAUUCGUGAAGACAGAACACGCGGAGGUCGCUCUACGUACCAGUGCUCGUACACGUUGUCAGGCGCCGCGUCCACUGGCUCCUUACUGUCGGCGCACGCGCCCACCACUCUGCGGCACGCGUCUAGCCUCACUUGCGUAAACGGCCCGGGGUCCUAUAGUAGCAGAGGAGAGUCGAGUAACAGCCAAGUAACGCCGGAUAUACCGCCAUUAUUGCAGGAAAUAAUGGAUGUGGAACAUCUAUGGCAAUACAACGAGUCGGAACUCAGUCGGUUGGGCAAAUCCACGGGCAGCCCCUCCGCCAACCCGCUGUUAGCCGCCAGCGGCAUCACCGCGCACAACUCCAGUCCAGACUUCUUGGCCGAUCUGUGCAACAUUGCUGACCACAGAUUAUACAAGAUUGUCAAAUGGUGCAAGAGUUUGCCACUGUUUAAGAAUAUAUCGAUCGACGAUCAAAUCUGUCUGCUGAUAAAUAGCUGGUGCGAGUUGCUGGUGCUAUCAUGCUGUUACCGGGGGGUGAGCACACCGGGGGAAGUCAGGGUCGGAGGAGGGAGAGGCAUCACGCUACAGCAGAGUGCUAAGUUGGGUUUGACACCUUGCAUAGAGCGCAUGUUGAGCUUCACGGACCAUUUGAGGAGACUACGAGUUGACAGAUACGAGUAUGUCGCUCUUAAGGUCAUCGUACUUCUCACUUCCGACGCGCCGGAUCUCCGCGAAGUGGAGAAAGUACGAGCAUCUCAAGAGAAAGCUUUAGCUGCGCUACAAGCUUAUAUCGCGACACAUUCUCCUGGAACUCCUGCCAAGUUUGGAGAGCUGUUGCUUCGUAUACCUGAGCUGCAAAGAACUUGCCAGUUUUUCAUGCAAGUCGGGAAAGAAAUGUUGAAUCCUGCCAACAAAAGCAAAGACGGUGAUGGACCAAGUUUCAACUUGCUCAUGGAACUUCUACGCGGCGAUCACUGA